AGAAAACCACGUUAGAAAAUGCGUUAGAAAUGCAGACAGUCAUUGCGCCAGAGAAAAUGCAUCAUGUCCGUUGACUCCCCAGCAGAAGCAUCGCUUUUUCACUCUCUCGUCUCUCAUCACUCAUCUCAUGUGUAUGGAUUCAGCACAAUGUGAAGGUGACGUACUUGACCCACGCCUGUAUGGAGCUGAAGCUUGGACAGAGGCGGUUCAUGUUUGACCCGUGGCUGAAGGGUCCUGCAUUUGCCAGAGGCUGGUGGCUUCUCCAUGAGCCUCCAGCAGACUCCCUGGACAGACUGUGUGCAGCUGAUCUCAUCUACAUCAGCCAUAUGCACUCCGACCACCUCAGUUACCCGACGCUGAAAGUCUUGUCAGAGCGGAAACCAGAUAUCCCAAUUUAUGUUGGUGACACAUCCAGACCAGUCUUUUGGUAUAUGGAGCAAAGCCAAAUCAAGCUGACAAACAUCCAUGUUGUUCCUUUUGGUGUCUGGAAUAAUAUUGACGCAGACCUAAGGUUUAUGAUCCUGAUGGAUGGAGUGCACCCUGAAAUGGACACCUGUAUCAUUGUUGAAUAUAAAGGUCACACAAUCCUGAACACCGUGGACUGUACCAGGCCAAACGGGGGCAGGUUACCACAGAAUGUGGACUUGAUGAUGAGCGACUUCGCUGGGGGGGCAUCUGGAUUCCCCAUGACUUUCUGUGGUGGGAAAUACAGUGACUCCUGGAAGGCAGAAUUUAUCAAGAACGAAAGGAAGAAGCUGCUGAAUUACAAAGCUCUGCUGGUGAAGUCCCUGCAGCCGGCAAUUUACUGCCCGUUCGCUGGCUUCUUUGUGGAGGCCCAUCCAUCAGACAGAUACAUCAGGGAAACAAAUGUUAAGAACAGUCCCGAAGACCUGAAUGCUCUCAUCAAUAAGUUUGCACCAGACAUCAAGACAUGGACGCCCAAGCCGGGUGCUGUGCUGGACCUUGGCCUGGCUCUGAGAGACCCCACCAACAGUGGGGCCAUCACCAAUCCCUCAGACAGUACAAAAAUCUACAAGGACAGUUGGGAUUUGGAUCUGUAUGUGGAUGAACUAAACAGAGCAAUCAACUGUGAGAUAUUUAAACAUCAACGCUGGACCCAGUUUUAUUACACCUGGGCAGGCUUCCAAAACUACAACCUUGUUGUGAGGAUGAUUGAGACAGAUGACAGCUUUGAGCCCCAUGCUGACGGCAGUGACUACCUGGUGGACUUCUUGGAUCUGACGUUCCCCACAAAGAGACCUGAGCGGGAGCACGCCUACAUAGAGAUUAAAAACAGGAUUGGGGUGAUGAGAUAUGUGGUGCAGCAGGGUCUUCUCUGGGACGAUCUGUACAUCGGCUUCCAGAACCGCAUACGCAGAGACCCAGAUGUCUACCACCACAAGUUCUGGAACCACUUCCAGACGCAGCUCCCAGUUCGCAGGCCAGACUGGGACCAGUUCCUGCAGGAGAUUUCCCUCCAGGAGCCUGACACAGCAGCUCGGGGCCAAGGAGCUAAUUGUGUAACGUCUUGAAAGACAGAUGUGUUUCUGGAGAUUAUUUGUCUUCUAUUACUGGCCUGUAAUCAUUUAAUGGGUUUGUCUAAUUUAAUCUAAAACUGGAGAUAAUUUGUGUGCUACUCUGUAAUCAAUUAUACAUGAAAGUAAUGAAAGGAUCAGCCUUAUUUACCACUUCAUGUUUCUUUUGAUUGCUUAUAUUUUGUUAAGCAUUUCCUCCUUUGCAAAUAUCUAUGUAUCUUAUGCACUAUUUAAUAAAUGAGCCCCAAGGUGUUUUAUGGCUAGAUGA